AUGUUGUGUAACAGUGAAAUUGAACAAAAUUUUAAAACAUCUCAAGUAUUUUACUCAAUAUUAUUAUUAUUUUGUAUAUCUGUGCAAUUAAGUGUAACAAUACCUGUAUCUAAUGAAGACUAUAGUACAAUUGCAACAGUAACUCAUAAUUCAAUAAAUGAUUCUAAUGCUGAUAAUCUAUAUGUCAUAAAAGCAGUGGUAUAUGAAAUUGGUAUUUUAACAGAUGCCAAUGAUACAAAUGAUGACGUUACAGAAAGGCAAGAUGUUAAAAUUUCAUUCUACAAUCCUCCAAAUAAGAGCGAUGCAUCCUAAAAUGAAAAAGAAAUGCGCAUAUCUCAGAAUAAUUCGGAAUGUAAAAUAACCUCAAAUUUCUGAAUUGAAAGCAUA